AACCGUCGGACACCAAUGUCUGUAACACCCGGUGUUUGAGUUGUGGGAUGGAGUUUCGUUGACAUAGACAGUAACGCUACGUGAUUUUUUUAAUCUAGUGUGUCUGUCGACUAACACGGCGAUAUCAGUCGGGAGAACUCACCCGAGCGACAUGGCAGACAACAUUAUCAUCAGGGUACAGUCCCCAGAUGGGAUGAAGAAAAUUCCCUCCACCAAAAGGGAGACUGCUGCUGCUUUUUUGAAGAAGGUGGCCAAAGAGUUUGGGUUCAAUUCCAAUGGGUUUUCUGUUUACCUGAACCGCAACAAGACCGGAGAGAUCUUCUCCCAGAACAAAACCCUCAGCCUGCUCAAGAUCAAGCAUGGCGACAUGCUGUUUCUGUUCCCUUCAGGAUCCUCCACUUCAUCCGGUGAGGUGAUGGACACGGCCACCCCACACACAUCGUCAUCGCUACCAUCUGUCUCAUCAUCUUCUUCUUCAUCGUCCUCCAUGCUCCCUCGCUCCUUCUCGGCACCUCACGUCCAGGAGGAUGAGAUCGAUCAGUAUCUGGCCAAGCAGGAAGGCAAGAUCUACAGGAACAAAGAUCCACAGCUAUGUCGCCAUGGUGCCCUUGGAAAAUGUGUGCACUGUGUACCAUUAGAGCCUUUUGAUGAAGACUACCUGAAUCACCUCGACCCACCAGUGAAGCACAUGUCAUUCCACGCAUACCUUCGCAAGCUGACCGGUGGAGCUGAUAAAGGGAAGUUUGCAGCUCUAGAGAACAUCAGCUGCAAAAUCAAGUCGGGCUGUGAGGGCCACCCUCCCUGGCCAGAGGGGAUCUGCACCAAGUGCCAGCCCAGCGCUAUCACACUCAACAGACAGAAAUACAGACACGUGGACAACAUCAUGUUUGAGAACCACACCAUCGCUGACCGCUUCCUGGACUUCUGGAGGAAGACGGGCAGUCAGAGGAUGGGAUACUUGUACGGCAAGUACACUGAGCACAAAGACAUCCCUCUGGGCAUCAGAGCUGAGGUGGCUGCCAUCUACGAACCCCCACAGAAUGCCACUCAGAACAGCCUGGAACUGUUGGAGGAUCCCAAAGCUGCAGCUGUGGAUGAAAUUGCUGCCAAACUAGGCCUGUGCAAGGUGGGUUGGAUCUUCACAGACCUGCUCUCCGAGGACACGAGGAUAGGCACCGUCCGCUACACGAGAAACCAGGACUCUCAUUACCUGAGCGCAGAGGAGUGCAUCACAGCAGGAUACUUCCAGAAUCUACAUUCAAACCCCUGCAGACUCUCGAGAGACGGACACUUUGGCUCCAAAUUUGUGACCGUGGUGGCAACAGGCGGUCCAGAUAACCAGGUGCACUUUGAAGGAUACCAGGUGUCCAACCAGUGCAUGGCUCUGGUGCGAGACGAGUGCUUACUGCCCUGCAAAGAUGCUCCUGAGCUGGGCUACGCUAAAGAGUCCAGCACCGAGCAGUAUGUACCAGACGUCUUCUACAAGGACAAAGACAAAUUUGGAAAUGAUGUCACGUUUCUUGCGCGGCCUCUUCCUGUGGAGUACCUCAUCAUAGAUAUUACCACCACUUUUCCAAAGGAUCCUCAGUACAUCUGCUCCACACAACGCUUCCCCAUUGAGAACCGUGAUAUCCUUGGAGAGACUCAAGACUUUCACAGUUUAGCAACAUACCUGUCCCAGUGCACCACCACAGCAUUCCUGGACAUCGUAUCAGACUUCCAUCUGCUCCUCUUCCUCGUCACCAAUGAAGUCAUGCCUCUGAGAGACAGCAUCGGGCUGCUACUCGAUGCAGUGAAGUCUUCUAAUGAGGAUCUGGCACAGACCUGGAAGAAGUCAGAGCAGUGGGCCACCAUCGAGCAGCUGUGCAGUACGGAGGGUGGGCAGCCCUCCAGCUCUCUGGGUUACGGGGCCAUGGGUGGCCCCUCAGUCCCUGCCACCUCCUCAGCCAUGUGGUCCUGCCUCCACUGCACCUUCAUGAACCAGCCUGGCACAGAGCACUGUGAAAUGUGCAGCCUGCCCCGCAGUUAAACCCCCAAUCCACUCACCCUCCACCCUGCUUCCAUGCCCCGCGCCCUGAUCUUACACAGUCCUGCCCAGCCCUCCUCUUAACUCGCCAAUGACAUCACUGCACCAGGACCGGCUGCGAGAUUUGGAUGCCCUGUCUAGUUUUCUUUCGCCUCACGUUGAAGCCUCUGUCCUUCCCAUCUCACAGGCUGCUGUGACGUGCAGAGAGAUGCACUUGUUUACAUCCAAUUCAUUGAGUAAAUAAAAUAAAAGCAGACUGGUUUUUUUUUUUUUUUUUUUUUCUUUCCUUGUAUCCCUCCUCACAGCGGCUCUGGUGAGUGGCAGGGUACUUUUAAGUAAAGCACUUUUGGCUGAGGCUCUGUUCCCUCAACCUACCACCGCCCUGAAAUAAUCACCCGCCCCCAUCCAUGGCUCAAAUAUAUCCUGUUGUGACUCAGGACAACAGCAAAGACUUGAGUGUUUGGACAUUCUCUCACAUCAGUGCCCCUCUCACUCUCACCAUGUCUUCUGGAAAAUCUUGCUGUGUAUAAAUACAUUUGAGGAAUGAUACUGUUAUUUAAUUAAGCGUCUUUUUUUGUUUUUCUUUUUUUUUAUCUGAUUGUAGCUAUACCUUAAAAUUUUGAAUCUUCAGUGUGGACUCUGCUCAGUCAGGUUUUUAUAGGUCUUGGUCUCUUUGACAAGCCCCUUAAAGUACAAUCAUUGGUCAAUCCUGGACCUGAAAACACUAAGAGCUCCAGAGUUAUUCCGCCUAAGCAGAGAGUUUAUUUUCAGUAUUAAAUAACUUUAAAAAUGUUUGGUAAUAAGCCCCAGAUUUGAAAAGAUGCAGAUGCAAAAAGCUACUCACCCAGAACACAUCUUCCUCCACUGACUGCAGACGUAACGUGUGCUGCUGCUGCUGGUGAUGAAGUGGUUCCUGAACAUCUCUCACUGGUUUGUUGGAGUUGUAGCUUUUGGAUUUGGUGGUUUGAACUUGAGCAGGCACAAUAUGUAGCUUCUUUUAUCAGCUCCGUUCUGUCCCUGAUAAAACGCCCUAGGCCUCCAUCCAUCAUCAUUAUCAUCAUCAUCAUUAUUAUUACUGACUCGCACUGUAUUCGCCGUGAGGUGCUUCUAGAAACAACUGGUGCUCGCCACUUUGCUCUCGGUCACUCCCCACCUGUGGUUCUCCUCGUUUUGUUUUCUUGCUGGCGCUGAUCCAAAGGAGCCAGACCAUAACCAGUUUUCCUCCACUGAUUGGGGGUGGGGGGGCCCACUGUGGGUUUUUCCCCAUCCCUGAGCCUUCGAAGACUUUGCUGCUCUGAGUGCAAGAGGUCACAGGUCAACACGGGGAGAAAAAGAUGCCUAACAUAUCGCUGAGUUCAUCUUUGAUGUCUGCGCCGUACAUCGGCAGGCGGGAUCACAAUGGGCAGCGUUUAAAAAAAAAAAACAACAAAACAAAACAAAAAAAACACCUUGUCUGUGAUUGGUUCUGCCAAUAAUUACUCUGUGUAGUUCCAAGCUGCUUCCAGCAGAAGGGGAGACAUGGAUGAUACUAGACUGAGGUUUUCUCCACUUUGCAGAGCUGCAGGUGUCAGAGGUGUAGAGGGAGCUGAACCUGAAAUCAAUGUGAAAAGCACUUCACUCUCCUAAAGGCGUAAAGGGUCAGUUCACCCUAAUUAUUCUCACAUACCUCUAGCUGUGUUUAGCUUCCAAACUAGAACAGUGGAGGUGAAUGAAAUUUUAGGCAUAGGCAGAGACUUGUCUAGAUAAAGAGGCAGAAAUAUCAGGGAAUUAAACCUGUCAAAACCUCGACAAAUAAAAGAUGGAUGCCACUAAUGUAAGAAGGAAAAUGAUUGUUUGUUUGUUUUUUUCAUUUUUUUUAAAUAAUUUUGGUGAACUAACCCUUUUACAUAUACAGUCACUAGAAGGCAUAUCAGGAUAGUUGGUUAAAACUGGUUCUUAUCACUUUUUUUCUUGAGACUAAUAUCGGGACCAAUUCUUCAAAAGGGAUCAUUGAAGUCAUGAAAGUUCUGUUCUGGUUGCACAUCAUUAAGUUUUCUAAUCUGAACCCAUUCAGCAAAAUCAGACCUCACUGAUGUGGUCCCCUCGCAGCAGAGAGCAGGGACCUUCUCAGAGCUGGUGAGGUGCCUGGAUCCAGGGUUUGGGUUUCGUUGUUAAAGUGUCCACACAUAGAAGCUCAGCAACUUCUCAAAGAGUAUAUGAAAAGCCACUUUUAAAGCUCAUAGUGUUUGAGGUAUGUGACCAAAAUGAAUUUGCAUGACUUGAAUGUCUCAACAGUUUUUCUGGUGCUCCUAUAAAAUUAGAGAUUAAAUACGACAGGUUUUUAAAAAGUUCUUUAAUACAAAAGCUAAUGAUGCUAAAACAAAAAGCUAACAAACUGCACAUUUCCCAUAAUUCCAUCACGAAAACCCUCCUCGCUGAUCUAGAAUCUCUUUUAAUCCACGUCCUGGAUGUGUUUGAUGCUGACUGAAACAAACUGACAGCUUUCCCUAAACUUUUUAAUCACUACUCUCAUGUUGACUUUGAGGUAUUUAGUUUUUUUUUUCCUCAUAACUCUGCACUCUUACAUGAAAUGGUUUCAUGGGCUUUUUUGCUGAAAGGAUGAUUGAAACGGAAAGAAAAACAAGAAGUUAAUUACAAACUGUCGAGUUAUACUGGGGCUGUUGUCGGGGAAACGGGCCUGUUCGGUCAAGGGUGUGAGUGGUGGGCUGCAGAUUUAGCUAUUUAUGAGACGUGUGCUUCUUUGUAAGAGCUUGACGAUAAUUCCAUUGAUGAAGUGAGAAUAUAUUUUUAGUUGUAGGUUCAUUUGAAAAUGCUUGGAAGAAGAAGAAAAAAAAAAAAGUUUGUAUUUUUUGCCCGGUGAUAUCAUACUUGCCCCCCACCCCUGCCCCCUCCACCCCUCCCCCAUGUGAAUUCUUUGAGAGCGAUUUAUCUGAUGUCAUGCUAAGGGAUGGCAGUGACCUUUUCCUUUUGUAUUGAUUCAGGGGCCGUUUGCUGAGCAAGCAUGCUCUUGGAGUUACUGCAGGUCCUCACUUUCCACUGAGCUGACUGAGGACCCUGAAAGUUGUAUGCUGUUCACCUGGAUUUGAAACAAAAUAAAAAAAAAAAAACAACAACAAAGAA